AGCGCUGCUCCCGUUAGCCUCAUCGCCAACGCGCUGCGGCGCCGCCAUCCUCUGUUACGCUCAGCCAGCGGUGCGGAGGGAGCUGUCUGUGCGCCUACCUCAGAAAUAGCAUCGAAAAUAGAAACAGUCCCCCCUAGCGCGGUCUUUAUGAUGGGAUACGUAAUUGCAGCGCUGUAGACGCCUUUGAUCCAGGACGUAGAUAAUGGGCUGUGUGCAAUGCAAGGAUAAGGAGGCGGCCAAGCUGACAGACGAGCGGGACGCCAGCAUGUCCCAGAGCGCCGGCUACCGAUAUGGGGUGGACCCCGCCCCCCAGCCCUACCCCGCCUUCGGGGUCACUGCCAUCCCCAACUACAACAACUUCAAUGUGCUGGACAGCCAGAGGAUGACAGUCUUCGGGGGCCUCAGCUCGUCAUCGCACACAGGGACCCUGCGCUCUCGCGGCGGGACAGGCGUGACGCUCUUUGUGGCACUGUACGACUACGAGGCCAGGACCGAGGAUGAUCUCACCUUCCGGAAAGGGGAGAAGUUCCAGAUUCUCAACAGCACGUGCAGCCACCCAGUGCGGCGUGCCUGGAACGUCUCCCCUGCCAGCCAAUCAGGCGACUCUCUGAAGCAGCAGCAGCUCUAUUUCGAGGACGUGUCCCGCACGCAGCUACACAGGAAGGUAGGGGGGGUGCCAUGUACGGGGGCCUGCCGUUUCUGUCCCAUCGGCGAGGAGCCCUUUCGGCACCACUGGGUUACGCCGUUAGAGCGCCCCCUGCAGGGGGGUGUCGCCAUGCUGCUCGGUCCACGCAGAGGAUCCGUGGUCUCUAACCUCCCCGUUCCCCCCUCCAGCUGGUACUUUGGCAAACUGGGCCGCAAGGAUGCUGAGCGGCAUCUCCUGUCCAACGGCAACGUGCGCGGAACCUACCUCAUCCGGGAGAGCGAGACCACCAAAGGUGCCUACUCCCUGUCCAUCCGGGACUGGGACGAGAUCAAAGGGGAGCACGUGAAGCACUAUAAGAUCCGCAAGCUGGACAGCGGAGGUUACUACAUCACCACCAGGGCCCAGUUCGAGAGCCUCCAGCAGCUGGUGCAGCACUACUCUGAGCGCGCCGCGGGCCUCUGCUGCCGCCUGGUGGUGCCCUGCCACAAGGGCAUGCCGCGCCUGGCCGACCUGUCCGUCAAAACCAAAGACGUGUGGGAGAUUCCGCGGGAGUCGCUGCAGCUCAUCAAGAGGCUGGGCAAUGGGCAGUUUGGGGAGGUCUGGAUGGGGACGUGGAACGGCACCACCAAGGUGGCCGUGAAGACGCUGAAACCGGGCACCAUGUCGCCGGAGUCCUUCCUGGAGGAGGCGCAGAUCAUGAAGAAGCUGCGGCAUGACAAGCUGGUGCAGCUGUACGCCGUGGUGUCCGAGGAGCCCAUUUACAUCAUCACCGAGUACAUGGGCAAAGGAAGCCUGCUGGAGUUCCUGAAGGACGGAGAAGGCCGCUCUCUCAAGCUGCCCAACCUGGUGGACAUGGCGGCCCAGGUGGCGGGGGGCAUGGCCUACAUCGAGAGGAUGAACUACAUCCACAGAGACCUGCGGUCGGCCAACAUCCUUGUGGGCGACAGCUUGGUGUGCAAGAUCGCCGACUUUGGGCUGGCCAGGCUCAUCGAGGAUAAUGAGUACACGGCACGGCAGGGAGCCAAAUUCCCCAUCAAGUGGACGGCCCCCGAGGCAGCGCUGUACGGGAGGUUCACCAUCAAGUCCGACGUCUGGUCCUUCGGGAUCCUGCUUACUGAGCUGGUGACCAAGGGCCGGGUCCCCUACCCAGGAAUGAACAACCGGGAGGUGUUGGAGCAGGUGGAGCGCGGCUACAGGAUGGCCUGUCCCCAGGACUGUCCCAUCUCCCUGCACGAGCUCAUGGUUCAGUGCUGGAAGAAGGACCCCGAGGAGAGGCCCACCUUCGAGUACCUGCAGGCCUUCCUGGAGGACUAUUUCACCGCCACUGAGCCUCAAUAUCAGCCAGGAGACAACCUGUAGGGGGCGCUCUCCUGGGCCGCGAUGGACCGCACCGCACCGCCCCGGCCUGGGCUGAGGUGGGGGAGAGGUGGACCUGCCAAGGCGUGGGAUACUUUCAGGAGUCCCGUCGACUAUCGGCGAGCUCCUUCGGCCCCCGGCGGGUCCAGUCCAAUGCGAGAAAGAGACUCAACAAAUUGUCAGUUUCACAGUGUCUGAGGAGCUGAUUUUCAUAGGUUGGGGGGGGGGGGGGGCUUGGUUUCUAGGGUGGCUGGCAUGUGAUUUGAUGAGCAAUCACCUGUGUAAAUACAAAGCUACUUGACCACUUAUACUUUUAUUUGUUUUUUGUUUGUUUUCUUAAUUUUUUUUAUAUAUAUGUGUGUAUAUAUAUUGCUACAGGCUUUAUUUUCAUCUGGGACAAUAAAUAACAAGAAUAAUGAAGGUAACGACUCUUUUUAAAACCAAUUAACCUGCUGAGGUUUUCUGACCUGGGCAUUAACUCCAACCCGCUUUCUCGUUCAUAGGAAAGGCUCUUAUUUUCGGUUUCGCUUUUUCUCGGGUAGCGUAAUGCCCACAAUAUGUGAAGAGGGAGAAAUCGCCCUUCUCUCCAAGAAAAAAAAAAAUAAAAUGCGCUCCCGCAUUACAUGCUCAUUCGCCACACCCUCCAAUUCAGCCAAGUAUGACAAUGUUCUCCGUCGUUUUCCAGCUUUUGUUAGAAGUAGUUUCUGUUGUUGAUCUAUCAUUGUAAAACGGCAGUUUCUUCCAAGGUGAUAGACGUCAGACUGGUGAGAGUGUGUCGGGGUUAUUUGUAAUUACGGCUCGAAAUGCAAGAAGUCUGCGUGUGAACGGCCCUCUGUCACUCAGAAGGGCUGCGUAUGCAUCUAGACGUCAGCUCUGGGUGCCUUUAAAACUGGAAUGACGGAAGACGGUGUGUAUAUGGGAUUGACUUGCAGUUUAUUUAAGCAGGAAAAAAUAUUUUUUUAACUUGUGUACAGUGUUCGAUUCACGGCCAUUCCUGUGGAUCCUAUGUCUUCAUUUACGUUACAUGAAGAAUCGCUUUGUAACAGCCCGCAGAAUUCGCUGCCGCUCCCGAAAGCACCACUCACUGCAGUCCUGCAGUGCACCGCCCAUGUCUGUCCUGACCUCUUUGUCAGGCCUCUUCUUUAAUUGUUUUAUAAAUCAAUAAUGUGCAAACUGUCCUGGAUUGACUGAUCAAAGAGCAUAUGGUUGGCUCCAAAGGUUAGAGUUUAGACUUGAGCUUAAGUUGGACACAGUACAAGAUCAGGGAAAAUUGCAGCCUGUCAAACAGCUUCAUCUUUUUUUUUUUUUAAUUUCACAUUUUGUUUUUAAUAUAACUGUCCAUGGCUUUUAUUUCUCAUUAUUCCUCCAUGUUCCAUUUUUAACAUCAUUUUUGUGAAAUAAGUAAUUUGCCAUUUAAAAAUGAGGACAAUAAACAUUUUACACUCUUUUCAA